AUGUCACAAGAGUAUUGGGAAGACGAUCCAAUGGAUAUGGAUGAGUGGGAAGAAGCGAUUCUAAACUCAGAAAACAUCCAUACACCUGCUCCACCCUCAACACAGCCACCACCACCGCCACCACCACCUCCCGCUCGUCUAACAUGCACCAUCAAGGCAGAAGACGACGAACGUCACCGACAAGAUCCAUCUGUACCGGCCAAGCGCAUGUACGACUUCCGCUGCGACGACCCCGAGCUUUGGAUACUUGGCAAACAAUAUCAAAGCAUUAGUAGUAUCAGAAUGUACCGUCGCAUGACCUGGACAGGCCCGUCUCAUCUUAGACCUUUGAUAAUUUAUGAAAGGGACAAUGAAUCUAAACGGCAAGAUCACCAAGUACAAGCAGGACCGUCCAAUCGUCCCCAGAGCCCAAUCAGUGUAUCAUCUACUCCUCCUGACAGUCCUAUCCCGCUUUCAUCUUCGUCCAACCCCUCUUGGAUCCACGACAAUGUAGAUAUUCGUCAAUCUCCUUCCAAUCUUCCAUUACCUACCAUUUUUUCUGAUAGACCAAACCCCCCGAUAUCAGCAAAAGGCCAGCCAUUACCUGAAGCCGCAUACGACCCUCACUGCAUCGGAUGGUAUAAUGGGGGACUUGUAAGACAACGCAUGGAUCAAAAUUGGUCAAGUGCUUCCGUCGUUGGAAUGUGGGGUCUCACGGUAGCGGAGGAAAUGAUAUCCUCUCAAGCUUUGAAGACCAGGGAAAGGGAAGGAAUUGUCGACGAAUUGAAAACCUUGCGAGAGGAAGUGGAUAGCAUUCUCAAGGCGGAGACAAAAAGAUCUAAGCAAUAG